CUCUCUCUCUCUCCCUCUCUCCCUCUCUCUCCCUCUCUCUCUCUCUCCUUCUCUACCUCUCUCUCUCUCUCUCUCUCCUCUCUCUCUUUUUCUACAGUCCAAUACAUCCCUAUCCAAAUGGCAGCCAAUUGGAGCACCAAGUCUGCUGGAGGGAAGAGGAGUUUCUAGGCUACACUGACCACCAGUCGUUCGUUUCAGGAGCGGUCACUACAUCUUUCAGUUUUGCCUUAAGUUGUGGAUGGCAGAGAGCAGCGGUGACGCAAAGGAAAGUGAACACGGGAGAGCCGUCAAAGCGUGAGAGAGCGAGAGAGAAAGUUAGUGAGGAGCGAAUGGAAGGCGUGAAGGAAUAGGAGGUUGCAUUUGUGACACAGAAGACAGGCGGUCGAGGACAUGAGGACACACACUAGCAGUGGAGAGUGCAGCUAGCAUGUGUGUGAGGGUGUGAUCAGCAUUCUGACCACAAACAUGUUGUUCAGACCUGUGAGCAUUAUAUGAACACAAAAGGAAACAAAAUGCAGCCCAAUGUCUGGCAAGACUUGUAGCAGCUGAUCUCCAGUCAGUUCCAGAAAGCUUCUUAACAGAGCAUCACAGUUUGCAUGACUGGGACACCUGAUCUCUUGAGAGAGCCAGACAAAUGGGAACGUUUCUGGGCAACAUGAUCAACACACACUCCUGACUUCAAGCAAAGUCUGAGCUGUGUGAUGACCUUUAGCUUUUAGUGCUGGGCAACCAAAAGCACACCUGGACCACAGAGUUACUGCUCUAACUGCUGCAUCAGAACCUCAGACACAACUGGGGGCAUAGAUUCAGCGCCAGACAAAAAGAGAGAGGAAAGCAGGGCACAGGGUUAAGGGGAGGACCAUGAUGGAGAAGUUGGAUCCCACUGUCUCCCCCUCCCCUUCGCCUGCACCUUCUGUGACUGACCGCUUGACCCCUCCCCGUGAUGUUUCUCCAUGUGCCAGCAGCCCUGUGGCUAAUGAGGCUAACCACGUGGAGAGUGGUGCGCGCACGAUCCCCAGCAGUCCUGCAAUGACUGAGGACCGUUCUGAGCCUGCAUCAAAGCCUGCUGAGACAAUCAAUGCACAGGACAAAUCUGCUACGCCACCCCUGUUGUCGGGGUCCAAACACUCAACCACCCCUUCCACGUCCACCAUCAUUCUUUCGUCUCCCUCCUCUCCUUCCCCUGCCCCGCUACCACCUAAUAUUCCUGUCAUCAGUCUGGCUCACAGUAAGCCCCCAAUACCCCCUAUCCCCAUGCCUGCCCCCCAGCUCACAGCCCUUCACCCCAUCCCAACUCUGCCCCAUGGGCCUGGCGAGCUCAGGCUAGCCCAGCUAGCAUCUCUCUCUGGAGCGAGUCCUACAAGCACCGUACCUCCACCUGGAGCUCUCCUGCCACACCAGUACCUGCCUGGACACCCACUACUCAACAGCUCUUUCCUCGGUCCCUCUGGUAGCUAUGGUAUCUUCAGCAACAGCCGCAUUAAGAGAAGGCCAUCAUCACACUUUGACUUAGAUCUGACUGAAUGUCCUCCUCAGAAGCUGGCACGACGCGUCUUCACAAACAGCCGAGAGCGCUGGCGGCAGCAGAAUGUGAACGGCGCUUUUUCAGAGCUGCGCAAGCUCAUCCCAACACACCCACCGGACAAGAAGCUCAGCAAAAAUGAGAUCCUACGUCUAGCCAUGAAGUACAUCAACUUCCUAGUGAAGCUGCUGAACGACCAGGCCAGCGAGAGGGCUGCCCAUGGCCUGACAGACGGAGCUGAGGAAGAAGAGGGUGAGAGAAUGAAGGAUGCAGCACUGGGUAACGGGGACAGAGACUGUGGUCACGGCCUGCACUCACUGGGCCCAGACGAUGCCCCGCCAUCCCAGAUCAGCCUGGCCACGGUGCGUCCAGCCAUGGCUAUUGCUGGUCGCAACAGAGACUCCACUGACUCCGUUGUCGCCCUGACAACGUCGCCGGGGUCCAGUUGCUAUGGUGACACGGACAGCGAAGAGACCCCGGGCAUGCGGAACUCUGGGAUCAUAAAGACAGGUGUGAGUGGAGGGAUGAUGGAGAAGAUGAAAGAGCAGAUACAGACUGUUACGGCCAGUGGAUACCAGCGAUGACAUUACCUGUGACAUCAGUGUCAUAUAUGCCUAUAUGUCCAAAAGUGUGCAGACAGCCCUCUCUAAUUAGUGGAUUCAGCUGCUUUGAAGGAAUACUCAUCAAUUUACCAUCAAUUACCUCAGUAAUUUAAAUGCAUUCCCUACUGAACUAAGAAAAGUAUAGACAACCUGUUCACUCAAAACUCUCUUAUAAUAGAAGCCGUUGGGCAGUUAAAUUCAGUUGAAAUACGACUAUAUAACAUGGGAGAAUGUCUAAUCAAAGCUGUUCUUAUGAAGUUUUAUCCAGCUUUCAAACACUACAGACAGACAAUAAAAAGUCAUUCAGGUUACAUUUGCAUUCUUUAAAGGGCGCUUAUCAUGGAAAACAAGAGUUUGUUGAAUUGUCUGAACCUUGUUAAAGUUUCAAAAUGCACCAUUAACUCUUCUAUAAAUGAAAAGUGCCAAAAGCAGCUCAUUUUGAAUUCACCUAUUCAGACUACAGCAGUGUAGCUCCACCCAUUCAUGAGUUUCAGCCAAAACUGCUACGUAAUGGAAGCGAAGAACACCGGCCAAUCAGAACAGAGAUAAUUUACAUUCAUUCACCUUAAAGGCACACUACAAAAACUAAGGAAUAAAUAGAGACUGGAAAAUGGUGAUGUAAAAAUACCACAGUUUUUAGUAUUUAAAACAUUGCAAAUGUUACAAGUGGACCUCAGAAGAACAAAAUGCAAGAAAAAUGUAGGAUAUGUGUCUUUUUCUGGUGUCAUGCAAGAGCAAAAUUCCAUCCGAAACACUACCUUUUAGAUAACUAGUCUCAGAGUUAAGUAUUUUACAGCUUAACUUCCAAAUAUGUGUGACCUAAAUUAUGAUAGUGCUCUAUAUCAUCUACUUAUGAAAUUCAGCCACAAACUACUGGCUUUUAAGUAUUUUUCUUUUUCUGCUGCUAGUAUUGGAGCAACCUAAGAUCACCAUACCCAUAGCCAAACAUCAGCUAAAGUGGUAUAAAGCACCCCAGCGUUGGGCUGUGGAACAGUGAAACUGCAUUGACUAGAGUGAUGGAGCUCCAUCCAGUACCAUUCGGAUGAGCUAGAGUGAUCAAGAACCAAUCAUCCAACAUCAGUACCUGACCUCUGCCUUUGUGGCUGCAUAAAUUCCUGCAGCAACAACUAGUGUUACGCCUUCCCUGAACAGCAGAGGCUGUUACUGCAGCAGACAAACUCCCUAUUAAUACCCUGAUUACUGAAGAAACGCUGGACGAGCAGGUGUCUACCAUCUUUUGGACAUAUAGUCUCAUAUAAUGUACAAACACUGGAAUGCUCUGGAAAAUACAAACUGACAAAGUGGAAGACAGAGCUAUGUAGAGUGAGUGACGUGUGUGUGGUUAGUCUUUGUGGUGUUGUGCUAUUAUGAGUUUUGAUUUAGACAUUUAUUUCUGAUUUAUUGUGUGUCUGCACAAGAUUAAACAUCCACAUUCUGUCCCUCAA